UUUUGUCGGCAAUUCCAACCAAAACCCACCCCAAGUUCCUUCUCUCUCCGUGUGUCUUGCAAAAACCCGAAGCCCCAAAACCCAAAUCCCUGUUUCUCUCUCUUCGAAGCUUUGUUGAACCUCCGUCGAGUUAAGGAUGUUAUGGAAUUCAAGAGAGUUAAUGGAGUUGUGAAGUUCUCCAAGUCUUUAUAUGUCGGAGGUAAAGAAUGGAUCGAGUAUGAGAAGUUGGGCUUUGGAUUAUAUCUUAAGAGCACCGCAACCAAUCGUAUAAGCUUAAGGGUGAAUUCUCAUUCGAAGGAAAGUAGCAUUCAUGAGCAAAAUGGUAACCAUAAUGCAACAAAAACAUGGACAACUUCCAACAAUAUAUUCACAUUGCACUAUACUGAGAUACCUGAAGAUCAACAAAAGUUUCCCCCAUUGGUUACCGCAUUACAAACAGCAAUGGAAGAAAACCCAGCAACUUUUCAGUUCCCAGGACACAACCGAGGGCUGGCAGCUCCAUCUUCCUUUAGUCGACUCAUCGGUGAAUGGCCUUUCCUACAUGACGUAGGAGAACUCGACGAUCUUUUCAACCCGGAAGGCCCCAUUUUAGAAGCUCAAAAGGAAGCAGCAAAAGUAUUUGGUGCAGCAGAAACUUGGUUUCUUGUUGGAGGUACAACUUGUGGUGUUCUUGCUGCUAUUAUGGCUACUUGCAAGCCUGGUGAUACAUUGAUUUUACCUCGCAAUUGUCAUUUAUCUGCAAUUUCUGCAUUGGUUUUAUGUGGAGCGAUACCAAAGUACAUAUUUCCUGACUAUGAUUCUCAUUGGGAUGCUACAACCAGUGUCUCUCCAUUAGAGGUAGAGAAGGCAAUCAAGGAAUUGGAAUUAGAAGGUAAAAAACCAGCUGCAGUCUUCAUAACUUCCCCUACAUAUCAUGGCAUAUGCAGCAAUGUAGAGGACAUCUCUACAUUGUGUCAUUCACGCGAUAUUCCUCUGAUAGUCGAUGAAGCUCAUGGGGCGCACUUCGGUUUUCAUCCACAACUUCCAAUAUCAGCACUUCAGCAAGGGGCUGAUGUGGUUGUGCAAUCAACUCACAAAGUGCUGAUGUCUCUAACUCAAUCAUCAAUGCUGUAUCGGCGAAGUUUACUUGUAGACAAGGAAAAAAUCAGCAGAUGUCUUCAGAUACUUCACAGUACUAGCCCGAGUUUCUUGCUUUUAGCCUCACUUGAUGCUACUACAGCAGAGUUGAAGCAAAAUCCGGAACUUGUUUUUGACAACGCGAUUCAAUUAGCCAGGAAGGCUAAAGCCAAACUUAAACAGAUUCCAGGCAUAACAGUCCUUGAUUCUCCUAAUACCGAUCCCUUAAGAGUGACUGUUGGUGUACAUGAUCUCGGUGUUCCUGGAUAUGAAUCAAGGGACUUUCUGUACAAAGAUCAGAAGGUGCUUCCCGUUCUAACUGGGUAUCGCGCCAUCACAUUUCUGUUUACUCCAGGGAGUUGUAGGGAACAUGUUGAUAGGCUUGUCGCGGGGUUCAAGCAUCUAUCAUUGUCUUUCUUUCCAUGCAAGACGAAGAUGCAGGAAGUUAACCACGCUACUUUAAAACCAUUUGUUGAUAUUGAUAUGAAACUAACUCCAAGAGAGGCAUUUUUUUCUGACAAAAGAAAGGUAGAUAUAAAAGAUACAGUUGGGAAGAUAUGUGGAGAACUUAUAUGUCCAUAUCCACCGGGAAUUCCAGUAAUGAUUCCAGGUGAGGUGAUAUCAGAAAAAGCUUUGGAUAUUUUGCUGCAAGCUAAAGCAAAUGGUGCUAAAAUUUCAGGAGUUUCUGACCCUCUUUUGUUGUCCGUUGUUGUAUGCGAUAUUUAAGUUACUUCUUCUGUCUCAAAAAGAUGUUAUUUGCAACGUUGACACUAUUCAUAAGUGGAAAGAAUAUUCUAAUUUUUUUUCUUAAUAUAUAAGAAAAAAUAGUCAUGUGAGG